CGCGCUCGCGCGCCUCGCUGCCCCGCGCGGGAUUUGCCGCCCUCAGCUGCAGCAGCUGCGGCGGUGGGAAGAAGGGUGGAGGGCGGUGAGGAGGGCUGGGGCCCGGGCCAGCAGGGAGGGGGGCCGGGAGGCAGUGCCAGGCGAGUCGGAGGGGUGCUCGGCGCUCCCCCGCCCUCCUUCCGGGGGCCAGGAUGCAGACUCUGAAACUGGCGCUGCUGGGCUGAGGCGGAGGCAGGGGAGUUGCAGCGCGCGCGUCUCGGUGAGUGUGUCUCCUGAGCGCGGAGGGGCGGGGGAGGCGGAGGCCGAGGAGGAGGCGGAGGAGGGGGAGAAUGCCCGGAGCCGCCGUCGCUGCCGCCGCCGCCGCCGCGAUGCUCCCGGCUCAGGAGGCUGCCAAGCUGUACCACACCAACUAUGUGCGGAACUCGCGGGCCAUCGGCGUGCUGUGGGCCAUCUUCACCAUCUGCUUUGCCAUCGUCAACGUGGUGUGCUUCAUCCAGCCCUACUGGAUCGGCGACGGCGUGGACACCCCGCAAGCCGGCUAUUUCGGGCUCUUCCACUACUGCAUCGGCAACGGCUUCUCCCGGGAGCUGACUUGCAGGGGCAGCUUCACGGACUUCUCCACGCUGCCCUCGGGCGCCUUCAAAGCCGCCUCCUUCUUCAUCGGCCUCUCCAUGAUGCUCAUCAUCGCCUGCAUCAUUUGCUUUACCCUCUUCUUCUUCUGCAACACGGCUACCGUGUACAAGAUCUGUGCCUGGAUGCAGCUCACCUCCGCUGCCUGCCUUGUGCUUGGCUGUAUGAUUUUCCCUGAUGGCUGGGAUUCAGAUGAAGUAAAACGGAUGUGUGGAGAAAAGACAGACAAGUACACUCUUGGGGCCUGUUCAGUCCGCUGGGCGUACAUCCUGGCUAUUAUUGGGAUUUUGGAUGCCCUGAUCCUCUCCUUUCUGGCAUUUGUGCUUGGUAACCGACAAGACAGCUUGAUGGCAGAGGAACUGAAGGCAGAAAACAAAGAUGAUGGCAAUGCGUAAAGCAAACUAAGGUAGUGUGAGACCACACGGCUUCUGCUAAGCCAAUAUUCUCUAGAAUGAGCACAAAACAAAUCAAAUAACAGCUAAACAAAUCGAAUAACAGCCUUUGUACAUCAACAUCAAGGAGGAAGACUCUUGAGAGAGAUCAGAGUACAGAGAUGGACAUGGACAAGAGUGAAACAUCCACUUGUCCAGGCACCUUCUGAAUCUAGAUCGGCAGAGAUGGGAGUGAUCUCCUGGAAGGACAUGUGAUCAUGGAUUGAACACCAGCUCAUUGGAACUAUCAUGGAAUAAGAUAACACUCAUGAGAAAUCACAUUCAGGAACUAUUUUAAGGCAGAAGAAUAUAAAUGUGCUAGAAUUAACAUAUAAAAUAUAUGUACUGAGGUUUGUAAACUGUUCUUUUUUAAUCAGACUGAAAACAAAAAGCUUUAAUCUUUCAACAUAAUUUUAAAAAAGGCAGUCGAUCCUAAAUUAUUCCUAUCUCAAUAGCCGAGAGGCUAAUCAAGCAUCCUUUGUUGAGGAAACAUCUUAGAAAAUGCCUCUCAGUAGUUUCGCAGGAGCCAGGACUUUUGGUUCCCCAUCUCUGCUGUGCAUUUGUUUCACUGUGUAAUUAGUUACAACCACUCAGUUAAGAGAUGUAACGUUUCAGACUUUGAGUCUGUGUUCAGUUGAAUGUCUGUACAAGUUAUCACUGAGAAAGUAUUUCUGACAUAGAUUAUUAGUCCAUCAAGCUGUAUAUUACAGGAGGCACAUCUGUACAUCAUAGGUUCGCAAGCAACAUAGAUUUCCCUGUCUUUCAGGAAAUAGCAUCAAGGAAUUCCAAAAUGCGUAGAAAGCUCAUUUUCACUUUGGAUGCUCAUACUAAUAUAUAGGCUGCUAUCAAAUAAACACUUUUUCUAACUCUCCCUAGUAUAUGCAUAGGAAUUUAAUAUACUUUAAAAGUCAGCAUCUAAAAUAUCUCUUUUUUUUUCUAUUUCUUUGCCAUACAUGUCAUCAGAAACCCUCACCCUUUCUCUUCCUUACUGACAGACACUCAUUUUUGUUAAAAAAAAAAAAUCAUUCCUUAAACCUAUUUCUAAAUGAUAGUAAGUGGUACUAACAAAAUAAAUAAUAAUUUAAUAGCCUUAGAAAUUAAUGAAUAUAUACUUAUACAGGUCAAAGAAACUUGGUAGGAGUAAGUUGCCUUUUUGUUUACUAAUGUCGGUUUGAAAAAUACUCCUUUUUUUUUUCUUUUUUAGUUGACUGGCAUUUAAAGUAGUUGUUACAACUGCUCAGUUGUCUUCAGUAAUCUUUUGCUCCCAGGCUUCCCCCACCAUCACCCUUACAUGUGCUGUCAAUACAACAGAAAAACAUUCAAUAUUAAAGUAGCCAAUUGCUUGAGAAUGAAAACACAAACUAGAAUGUACAUGUAGGGGCAAUCAUGGUAAGCCAAACCAUGUUCCAUACCUGAACAGAAAACAUGGAUGUGUAGGAUGCCUUCAUUUUUCAGCUAAAAUUAAGAUCAAAUUUGCAUAUAUCAUUAGCAUAUAGAGAACACUAGACAGAGAAUAACCCAAGUACAGAUCACGGUUGAUUCCCUUACCCACUGUCUAGUAGGACCACACUCCUAUUUUGCAAGAUGUUUCUGAUCCUAGCCAUCCUUUCACCAUGAAUGACAUUAUGUUUCAAAUGGCUAAAAGCGUGAAACGCAAUUCACAAAAUGGGGAUUUUCUAGAGAGCCAAAUUAAAGAAUACUUAUUAUUUCCAAAGUAUUAGCCCUUCUAGGACUUAUUUGUUGCUUUAAAUAUUAGCUCUCCCACUGCAUUCAGAACACCCUACUUAACUAAAUUUAACUAAAGUUACACACAACUUUUCAAGAAUUCAUCUUUUAUUUAAAGGGAGAUACCUCUCUACAACAAAAAAUAGAAGGUAUUGGCUUUCUCUAAUCCAUGUAAAUUACAGAUUCCACUGGGAGUCCCAUCACUAACAGUGGUGUUUCUGAAAAUGAAAAAGUGCUUCCAAUCCCCAUGCAAAUGUGUUUUAAAAGUUUUUUCCAUGAAACCUAAGUGUAAUUUAGCAUACCACAGUGCUCUGAAGAUGGAUCAUUGAUGAUGUACCAUUUUGUACAUAGGUAAUACACAUGUAAAUCACUAAAUAUUAAGUAUAAGAAGUAUGUUUUUAUCUUUUUUUUUAAAAAAUGACUCCCUUUUUCAUUCUGUUCUGUUGUAUUGUGUCCAAAAGUUGUGUGUAAUUUUUUUAAGGUCCAGGAAAUGUAAAGAAAUUUGUUGGAAUACCUAAAUUUCUGUAAAAAAUAAAAAUAAAAAUAAGAUUUUG